AUGAGUCUGGCUCGUUCUCCGCCUUCCUCCACCAACACCACACAACAUUCCGAUUCUCUGAUGAAGGCGUCUAGUACCUCGUUAACGGGUGGAGCCAAACAAGAAGAAGAGGAGGACGAUAAGAAUGAUGAAACACAAACGUCAAAGAGAAAACAUUCAGAGUCUAUAAACCCUGUACUUUUGGAUAUGAUGAAAUUAAAUUCAAAAGAGACUGUAACAAAAGUGUCAUCAUUAUCGGAUUUAUCAUCCAAUGAAAAUCAAAACAAGCAGCAAAUUGUUAGAUCCAAAGCAAGAAAAAAGGUGAGAAUAGAGGGGAGUGGAAGUGUUGGCAAUUUGAAGCUCCCAGACAUUGGAAAAUUAAAUAGAGCAUUUGUUUCAGAAGAAUCAAAAGACAGAUCAUCCGAAUAUCCAUCACCACAUACCUCAAAUAGCGCACGCCUAGUAAGCCAUGAAUCCUUUUCAUCAUUAAUCGCUGAUCAAAUGUUGAGAGAGAUGACGCCAGGUAAAUUCAAAGUUCGAGAAGACAGCGAAAAGCAUCAAAAAUCGUCUGCCUCAGGCAGAAAGCGAGGAAAAGGGUCUGAAUUUUUAAGUAAGCAUACUCGAGAUGAAAAUUACAGACAACGAGUUCUUUUAGCUCUAUACGAAAAAUUUGAAUCCAAGGAUGGGUUGAACAAGGCGUCUGUCGCAAAGAUUUUAACAACAUUUGACGAUGGAUCUUCGUUAAGCGACAUCUCAAAAUUUAUUUCUGAUUUUGACUUUAUCCAAACUAGGCUACAACAAGAAAAACAGCCCAUAACUCAUGAGCCAAUUUCUCUUCCAAAAGAGACUAAACGAUCGCUCCAGAGAAGAGAGAUCUCUUCAGAAGCUGUAAAUAUAUUUGAAAGAGAGCUUCCUAAAGCUUUACGUAUAAAAAUUAAUGAAAUGAAGAACAAUCCAAGGUUUCUUCUGCGUAUGGAAGGAGAGAAAUUUCACCAUCGCAAGAGAAACAAAAAAGAUAUAUCAGCAGAAGCUGUCGCCUCUGUUGAGACAGUUCCUAAGUUGGCACAACGUUCAGAAGAGGGAGAGGAUGUUCCAUUUAUUGGUAGAUUGAAAAAUCCUAAUUUAACCAUUAUAUUAACUGAGCUUUUAAAGAAGCAAAACACACUACAGUUUUUUGACCCUAACACCAAAACGAAGUUUAAUGAGUUUUUGAACAGUCAAAGGCCUAAAUUUUGGCUGUCAGUUGUGAAAAUCACUAACUUUUUAGAAACUGCUUCCAACGCUUUGCAAAAUUAUCGAAAUGACACUAUUCUGAAGAAAAAAGAUGCUAGGUUUUCUGAAAACAUUUAUGUUGCCAAGAUGAAAUGGAGAAUCAAUCGAAAGAAGAUUGCUGCUGAAAUCAUUAGAAGGUCCUUCAUUUGCUUUUUGGACACAAAGCUCGUCUACAAAGAGAUGAUUCGAUCCUAUAUUGAAAUUAGAAAAGCUAGAAUUCAAUUAUUGAUGUUGCAAUUUGAAAAAUAUGAAAAGAUCAGAAAUUCACAAGCUGUGUCAACGAUUGCAAGAGGAAUUGUUAAAACCAAAAGCCAAAGCAAAAUAUUACUGACAACAGAUAUGAAGAAAGAAGUUCUUAAAAUCACUGAUUCCACAUCUCUGGCCCCAACACCUCAGCUGUAUCGUACACCCUCUCGUCAAAAGUUGAGAGUGGAAGAUGAACAACAACAACCAAAAGAAGAAAAAAAGAACGAAAGCUUAAUUCCUCCUCAUAUUCGCCUUAAACUAAUUACAGAGGAAUACAUUACAAGACGACAAAAGUUUUUAACUAGCGUGUACCAAAGCAAGAAAAAGCAUUGGUUCAAGUGCCUAUUUGAAUCAUCAAAAAUGUAUGAGUUAAUUGCAAGAGCUCACAAAACAACCUCUGAUCUUAUUACCAAAAGACGAGGUAGCUUCUACGACUUGACAAUCACCGAAUAG